UCUUCCAGGAUCAUUCCCCAAAAAUCCCACGACGACAAACAUUCGGUCCGUGCCGACAUUUCGAAUCCGUUCAGUUGUACAUGCAGUUACACAAUUGUGUUUGGUGUUAAUCCGAAGAACGGGGACAGUCCACACGGUUGUCCCCAACGGAGGAAAAUAGUUGCGAGAAUCCCAAGCGUGUUGCGUGGAAAUUUAGUGGGAUUUACCUCUUAAGAUAAAACGUUUACAACGUCUAAUUUUUUGUGUGUGAUUUUUUUUGUACCUUUCCUAUACUUUGCAGUCCUGUCGUGUUGUUUGAAUUGUUCGUUGUUGCGACGUUCUGAACUGCCCCGACUGGACACAAAAAAAAUCUUCAUAGCUCAUCGGAUUCCUCCAGCAUAAAUUAAUAUUCAGGCGGUGACGUCACCACGACGUUUGUGCCAGGCCAUGUGCACCUUGAGGCCACGUGUAGUGUUCGAACGCCCGCUGGCAGGAGCUCACGGGGCAGACCCAGCAGAGGCGAUGGUGACGAGCGUGCCGACGCCCCUGGCGUGGGGCACUCCGAUCGGUGGGUCUCCGUCGCACGCUGGCGAGCACGAGGCACCGCCCGUGGAGAGGCCCGUGGGCUCGCAGACGGCCGAGACGGCGCUGCCGAUGCACUACAGCAGCAACAGCGGCAGCGGCGGCGGCGGCUGCGGCAGCGUGGACGUCUGCAGCGGCAGCAGCAGCAGCUGCGGAGGCAGCGGUGGCGCUGCGUCACCGAUGAGCGACAUCACCAAGAUGGAGGACGGCGGCAUGGGCCACCUGUCGUGCCACCUGUGCGGCAAGGCGUUCCACCUGGUGCGCAUGCUCAACCGCCACAUGAAGUGCCACAGCGACAUCAAGAAGCAUGUGUGCAACUUCUGCGGCAAGGGCUUCAACGACACCUUCGACCUGAAGCGCCACGUGCGCACGCACACAGGGGUGCGUCCGUACAAGUGCGAGGCAUGCAGCAAGGCGUUCACCCAGCGCUGCUCGCUCGAGUCGCACCUCAAGAAGAUCCACGGCGUGUCGCAGCGCUACGCCUACAAGGAGCGGCGCACCAAGCUGUACGUGUGCGAGGAGUGUGGCUUCACGGCGUCCAGCCAGGAGGUCUUCGUCGUGCACCUCCGCGAAAGCCACCCCGACAGCGCACAGCUGCGCAAAGUGACGCGUCGCCCUGCUUGCAUCCAGACGGCGCUGCAGCCCAGCAACCGCUAAAUUAAAAUGUAUACAUACUUAUUAAUAUACACAAAACCAACGACGACAACAACAAAAAACUAUUUUGCAAAUGGUGCAAAAAAACGACAAGAAAGGAAAUCUGAUUUUUAUUUUGUGGAGGAGGCCAUUUUGUGCGGUUGCCAUUUUGUUUGGUGGCCAUUUUGUGGCAGCAAGGAUAUUUUUAUAAAGAAGCCAGCGCCCUGUCUUUCUCAGAAUGUGGCUUCCAUAAAUAAGGAAAUUGUAAUAAGCGUGCUUAUCCAUAAUGUUUUUUAUUAUCUUUAAAAAUAUAUCUUAUGAAAAACACAAAGCACUUAUCUUAGGUGGCGGUACCGUGCCUGCUGAUUUUGAUACAAUUGAGAAACUUGGAUUCCUCUGAAUGCUUUGGAAAGCUCUGCACUCAAAACUCCCAGUACAGUAAUGAUGUUCUCGUGCCAGGGCAGAGGAAUAUUUUGCAUGAAGAAUUGAAGCGAUAAAAACCCAUAUACAUAAUAAUCAAACAAAAAUUAUAUUUCCAAGCAGCGUGUUUCACACUCCAAUACUUGGGUGAAUACAAUAACGUGAAUUCAAACAAUUUAACAUCUACUGGAGGAAAAAAAACUGAGCAAUAUAUUUAAUGCAUUUAAUUCAAAGGUAUGUUUGAACAUAACAGGUUUGAUAUUAUGUUGUGUGAAGAUAAAUCCGCAAAAAGUGAUUCUCCUUUUAAAAACACACCAGGCAAACUUCCUUGUAAAACAAAAAAACCCGACCAUUCCAGAAACUCAUAUUUAAACAAAUCCUUCACGUGGGUGGGGAAUCUUUACAUCCACAUUAGCCUGCAUUGAUACCCAGUAUUUCGGGCAUUAUGCUACUGAUAAUAGUGGUAACAAAAAAUGCACACGCGCACACGCGCGGCUUAAAACUCAUUCGGCCAAGAACAGCAACAGGCGGACGCGUGCGAUUUGACCUCUUGUCUCUCGCCAGUGGGUGCAGCCACACACUUUUGACCAAACAAAAUACUUCACGACUCUUUUUUUUCCAUUCUUACAGAAGCGUAUCGGCACGCGCAGCGGUUAGCGCACAGAGAUAUGAACCCAGCUGCCAGCGUGAUCCCCCGCAACAGAUAACAAUCAGUGGCGAGUGGUGUCUUAACCGGUCCAAGGCGCAAUCCCCCCCCCCCCCCGCCUUAUCAACCAGCACUGACCAGCGUGGUGAAAUAUGGUCAAACAACCUUGGGUUGUCACCUUUGAGGUACCAAAAAACCGGACAUUGUGGCAAGAAGACUAUUUGACGAUACAGAAAGAGGGGAUAAGUAGAUGUAAGUGAAUAGUUUUGAUUGAGUGGUGUAUGAGUCUUGUUAUUAUUACACAUUUGACAAAAACCGGGACUUUUAAUGUCACCGGAAGACUUAUAGAUUUCCCAGACAGGAGCUACUACGAAAAUAGGGAUUAUCCUUAUUACAACCAGGACAGGAGGCAAGGCAAUCGUCCAGCUUUUGAUUUAAGGAAGGGCGGUAAAUAAUUUUAUUUCUAAAGCGGACUACCAGAGUGAUUGAUGGAUAUCUCUGCAGAACAUUUACGGGCUAUUGCCAACAUUUUACAAAUGUUUGAGACCGAAGUUUUCUUCUUCUUUUUUUUAAGGGAAAGAAAAAUGUGCUUGAUCAUCACCGCCUAGAUGCCUUCGCGUUACUUUGCGGACAUAAAUCUAUUAAACUGACAGCGUCAACUGCAUCGCUAAUACAUCUGAAGGAAUGCAGAGUUGCAGACUUUUAAAAAAUUAAAUCGCACCGAGUGAAGAGUUUGACAAAGCUUCAGGCCACAGCCUUCUGGGGGUGACACCACACCCACUGUAGUCAUAAAAAAAUAUGUUGCUCAGGUUUUUUUUCCUAAUUUUUUUUUUAUAUACGAGGUCUCCAAAGGCAACGGUAAAAAAAUAUUAAGAAACUGGUUUUGGUUCCAGUCAAACGGGGCUCGGGUGCGCGACUGUUGAAAGGCACUUUGAGCUGCGGUUCACGUUGUGUAACGUUCAAUGUAUUUGUUAACCGUUCUGAUGAGUUUUCUUUUUUUACAAACACUGUAAUGGGUGAUUCUGCGCAAAGGUUUAUCAUCAGCGCACGUUGCUUGUCGAUGGCACCGUGACAAUAACCGCGGCCUCGGUGUCACAGGGAAUGCAGUGGCACGGGGCAAGCGUGCAGCGGUGCAUUUAGCGCGUCUUCGCCUAUGUAGUCAUCAUCAGGCACGGUUUAUCUCACUGGGAUGCCACGAUGCCAUCGACUGCACGGUGGUCGCUACUUGCGGGGCACGUUCUCUCCAUUUGGCUGCCUGCAGAAUUGGUCAAAAGUGUUACAGUAAAAGCAUGAUAAAAAUAUAUACACACACAUACUCAGAGUUGAUCACAUCCAAGUGAGUUCCUCGUAAGAUUAGUGCACUUAUUCUGCUCUAAGUUGAGCACUAAAAUAGAGCGUCUUAAAUAUUAGCCGUAACGUUAGAUAUUCUUAGGUUUUUUCGGUAAAGUCACGUAGGUAAAAAACAUUAAAAAGUAAAAUAAAAUAAAAAAUCACGACGUUUCGGAGGCAACACAAGCUUCCGUCUUCAGGUGGUACCGUCACAGCCACGACAGCUGUAUCAAGUAAAUGAGAUUCACAGCUGUGUGGUAUGUAGUGUUCUCAAUUAUCUUUGGCCACGGCUCGUGUAUGUCCUUACUGGGUGGCGAGAGAAAUUAGACCAUUCGUCAAACAUAUGCGUAGGCAUAUACGUAACAUGCACAUGCAUUUACAUUUCAUUUCGUUCAUUACUGUACAUGCAACGAACCCAUUUUAAAAACUCACCCCAUUGAUGAUUUUUUUCUUAUAACGAAAUAUGUGCACGUAUACCACUGUCAUUGCAGUCGCUUAUUUUCUUGAAUAAUUUGAAUGUCUAUACAAUGUAGGCCUUACAUUAAUGUUUAUGAGUGUGUGUGUGUGUAUAUAUAUACUUUUUCAAUUCUAUGCAAAACCAGGAGUACGAUAGUUGAAUGGAACGGUUACUGAUUGGGUCAACUUUUCAAAAGGUUUCUCCAUUUUCAAGCGGCUUAAUUUCUUUCAAUCGAAUGUAGACUGUUAUUGAAUUGAGUUGUUUUUUUCGUGCAUGAAAAUAAGGACAAGCAUAGCCAUUUAUAUUUGGGGGGGGGAAACCUGUCAGGGUUUUUUGUUGUUGUAUUUCUUUUUUUACAUUUUUAUAAAAUCGCGAGCGAAGCUGUGAGUCUUCACACGAAUGAAUACUUCAGCACUGAGGACUUCGUUGGAUUCAAACCCAGAAUCUGAUCCACGACAGAUGUUUUUGCUCCAGAUCAUCCAAAGAAAAUGUGCACGUUGAAAACGGAUGCACUCUCGUCGUCUUCCUUUCAACGUAAUUCUUUCGGAAAUAUGAGGGGAAAUUUGAAAACAAUACACCGGAACUGUGUGUGUGUGUAUAUGCGCUUCGAAGAUCUGGAUGCAGAGUAGCGGUCUGUUGCUGUGAACAGACGGCAACGGAUCAGGCUUUAACUUUUUUAUUACCGAACAUUUUCUGGGUCGCUGGCAGACUGGUGUAGUAGGUGGCACAGCCCAAAGCGAGAGGUAUGCUGGUUGUGGUGUGCCGGGUGAGGAACGAAGCCCUGCGCAUGAUUGUGUUGUAUGGGCAGGCCCAUUAAAGGCUAUUGUGAGUUUUAAUGUGCAUGUCACCUAAUAUGAAAAAAUUGCGGUACACGGUCUUUGUGUGUAUAUAUAUAUUUUAGUCUAGAAUGUUUCAAUUUUUUUACAGGGUGACAUUCAAACCCCCUUAAUUUCUCACUCGGAUAAUCAUUGCGGGGUCAAUGGAAUAUUUGUUAAUGGUAUUUGGCAAGUGCUGUAUAUGUUGUAUAUAAAUCGGUAGCUCUGUUCCCACCCAUGAAUGAAUUCAGUUUGGGUUUUCCAGAAAACCUUCAUUGGGCCCAGCCGUACGAGCCAGCAGUGAUCAAUGGCUACCUGUAACAGCAGCCAUUCACAAUUCUACCCGAAUUCUGGAAAACGAUGACUGUAUUGAUUCAGCAUGGAAUGGAGUUACAGUGAAUUGUUGAAUUCGUUCCUAUUGUUUUUGUUCAUGGGAAACUUGCAAUGCUGUUGUUUUUUUUUAAAAAUUGAGUUUGCCUGGAGAAUGUAAGAAUUGUGAUGAAAACCA